UUAUAUCAAUAAAUGUUUGUAAUAACAAAAAUAAAAGAGUUCUCAUUCGUUUUGUAAGUUUUCCUAAAACGAUUCUUAACAUUUAAAAUUCUCGUGAAAUGUAGCGCCACUGUCUGCAUUUUGUGUAUUUGAUUAUUGCAGAACUGGUAGCAGUCAGCCAGGAGUCAGCAACUGUGAAUUGCAUACUACUUGCCAAGUCGAGUCAAAACACUCCGCAUUACGAUAUACACUUUUUCGUCUGCUAAAUUUCAUGUUAUUGGGUUUAAGACCAGCAGAGGCAAAUCGCUCAAUGACAGUAAACAUUUUUUGGCGAAUGAUUUAUCCGAAAAAAUAUUGUACAAAAAAAUAAAUAUGAAGCCGGUUCCACCAACAAUGAAUUUGAAGCAGUUCAUGGCUAGUAGAGAGGUAUUAAAAUUGUAUAGAGGUUUUUUAAGAACAAUAAAACUAAUUCCUGAUCAAGCAGAUAGGGAUUAUAUGAAAAAUUGGGUGCGAUCCGACUUUAAAACAUAUAAGAAUGUAACGGAUGAUUUGCAGUUGAAGGCCUUGAUGGCUCAUGGAGAAAAUUCUUUAAGAGAAUUACAGAAGAAUUUAGCAAGGGCUCAUUAAAUAAUCUGUGAU